AUGCCGUCAACGCCCCCCAUCUCCCCAGAACCAACCACCGACCCUAUAUCCCCCGUCUCCCGUAGCGGUACAUCGUUUGCGCACAAGACUUCGCCCGCUGUGACCACACAGACACCUCUCAUCGAUACGAGUACGCCGGCUAUCAACGAUGCGCCCGUGGAAUUGGAUGGCGGCGCGAUUACGCCUGAGGAGCUGAGAAGGCGGACGACGGAGGAAGGUUUGGGUGGUGUAAGGGGAUCGAUGCGUGGGCCUGAUGAGGGAGAUAUUGAUGCAGAGUUUCUUGGGGGAGGGGGAAAUGCGGGAAGGGAGGCUAGGGAGCGACGUGCUGCUAUGUUGGCUUCGCGGUCGAAAGAUCCGAGCGUCAUUGUUGAUGUGCCGAGGGAUCCUACAGCAGAAGAGGUCGAGGCUGCAAGGAAAGCGGAUGCGUUGCUGCCUGCGGGUAUGCGGGGGAAGAUAAGUUGAACUGGUAUGAGACUAAGAGAGGCCGCAGGACGAGUAAUAUGUAUAAUGCGGGGCGAUUUGAUGGGAGUUUGGAUACACGAAGAAAUGACCGAAGUUAUUGUGUAUGAUGAGCGGGCAUAAGCAGCAUGAGGAAUUGCGAAGGUAAUGUUAGGAUACUUUGAAUGAAGAGCUGACGGA